AUAAUGAUUAACAAUCCCAUCCAUUGGGGUCAGUCCGAAGAAGACGGGUUACUUCUAAGGCCUUUCAAGGUUUCUUCCACGUGUCCUCACAGGGAGUUUUUUUCUUGCCACUAUCGCCUCUGUCUUGCUCUUUAGGUAUCUAAAUCUAUAUCUGUAUUUCUAAAAAACGGCUUUCACCAGUGGUGUUAAAAGCUCUCUAAAUAAAAUGGACUCGAACAUGGUGUUGUUCACAGUAUUAAAGGUUGUCAAGGUUACGACUGAAUUUCCAAAUUACUUCAUACGUCAGUGCAGUAUUUACGGAAUGAAAUGAUGUUAUCUACGACGUAGCUCGGGCACUAGGGUGUGUCUCCAACUCCAGUCUGAGACCCAGCCCUCGAGAUGACUCUGCUUAGUACGUAAAAUCUCUUACAGCAGACUGUCUCCGAAAAUCUCUCUCUCUCUGUGUGUGUGUGUGUGUGUGUGUGUGAGAGAGAGAGAGAGGAACAAACCGGCAAUAUUAAGGCAGACACUUUGAUGCGAGGUCGUCUACAGACGAGCGGAUAACCGCGGAAGCUCCUUAAACUUUAACGAACAGGAUUAUGUUUAGCAAUUUGUUUUACUAAACCCAGUAUCGAUGAACCUUUGUACCGGAUUGUUGUUCGGUUUAUUCUCAGCUGUUUAGUUUUCAGCCAAAGACGUCCACAUUCCCAGAGUAUUUAUUCAAGUUUCUCUCGAUAAGUGAUGAGUAUGAUGAGUAUGAAAACGAGCUUGUGGACAUUGUUGUUGUUCCUGAUGGAUUUCGUGUGCAGGGGAAACGCUGGUGAAUGUCCAAAACCUGUCCUGGUGGGUGAUGUGGUGUUCUCUGACUCUGCUAUACUGAAAAAUAAUUUUCCUGAUGAAUCUGAUAUCAUUCUGGAGUGUGCUAAAGGCCAUGAGGUGGAAAAUGGCUCUAACACCAUCACAUGUGCCAACGGUGUAUGGAGCAAACAGGAGCUGACCUGUAAAAAAAAAGACUGUGGUCAUCCUAACCCAUCCCCCAAUAUGAAAUAUAACAUCCGCGAUGGAACAUUAUUUGGUGCACGCAUCACACCAGUUUGUGACCGUGGGUAUUACCUUCAGGGUUCCAGCUCUAGGCAGUGUCUUGUAAAUGGAUGGACUGGAAGGUCAAUGUGUCUGGCAGUGAGCUGUGGGAAUGUUCCUCAGGUACCUCAUUCUGUCAUGGUCAGUAACGUGACCCAGAACCUCAAAUUUAAAGAAGUCAUUGAAUACAGAUGUGAGGACAACUACACUCUUGUUGGCAACGGAUCUGUUGUUUGUCAGGAAGAUAGGACAUACAGUUCACUGCCACAAUGCAAAGGUGAAUGUCCAAAACCUGUCCUGGAGGGUAAUGUGGUGUUAUCUGACUCUGCUAUACUGAAAAAUAAUUUUCCUGAUGAAUCUGAUGUCAUGCUGGAGUGUGCUAAAGGCUAUGAGGUGGAAAAUGGCUCUAACACCAUCACAUGUGCCAAUGGUGUAUGGAGCAAACAGGAGCUGACCUGUAAAAUGGUAACCUGUGGGAAGGUUCCUGCGGUUCCUCAUUCAGUCAUAGUCAGUCAUCUAACCAAGGAGCUCCUCGAAUUUGAAGAUGUAAUUGAAUACCUCUGUGAGGACAACUACACUCUUGUAGGCAACGGAUCUGUUGUUUGUCAGGAAAAUAGGACAUACAGUUCACUGCCACAGUGCAAAGAGAGAGAGGGCAGUGAGAGAGUUGUUUCACCAUUCUUGGUAACCUGUGGGAAGGUUCCUGAGGUUCCUCAUUCGGUCAUAGUCAGUCAUCUAACAAAGGAGCUCCUCGAAUUUGAAGAUGUAAUUGAAUACCUCUGUGAGGACACGUACACUCUUGUAGGCAACGGAUCUGUUGUUUGUCAGGAAAAUGGGACAUACAGUUCACUGCCACAGUGCAAAGAGAGAGAGGGCAGUGAGAGAGUUCUUUCACCAUUCUUGAAAACCUUGACUGUGUUUGCGCCCCUCCUCUUACUCAUUGUCAUUUUUAUUGCCAUAUACACUUGUGUAAAGUCUUACCAGAAACGAAAAGGAUCAUAUGACACCGGGGAACAAAUGAGGACAAAAGAAGCAUUAAUGCAAGAAAACCGUUACUCUACAUCCAGUACCAAUCUAAGGGCCCAUAAUCGCACAGCUCCUAUUCGCUAAUCUGCCUCUGAUCCAUGCAGUGUUAAGGAGCACAGUAUUACCUCUGUAAAGUGACCAAAAUGUUUUAUUUGCACAUUGAUAUUAUUAUAUCUGGUAUAAGUUCAUUUUGGUUUCCUUAUCUAGAUUCUGAAUCUGUCUCCUGGAAAUUCCCAUACUUAAUACUAGCCAUUCCUUUAAAUGGAGCGGACUUUGAAUGCAGUGACACAUUUCACUCUGAAAUUCUAUCUAAAGGCUGGUAGCUCCUUGCACAGUCUUCCAGAACAGAAAUGGGAACUCAGGUGGAUCUAUAUUCUCCUAAAGUGGUCCUGUCUCAGGCCAGACUACAAGCUUGAGACAAGUCAAAAUUAAUCUGUCACCCUGUGCUCCUUUUCACAAGUGAAUUGCAGAAACAUGGACACAGAACAUCUUUUAUUCAGUCCCUCAUGCUCAAACUGAAGUGCACUGAAGUAAAGCUCUGCUUUGUGAGGCAGCCAUUGAUUAUUGUUGCCUGGACAAUGGCACUGAGUUAAGAAUCAGACUUGAUCAAGCUUCCAAAUGCAUCAUAUUUAAAAGAACAUCUAUAGCAAUAUACAUUCAGAUGCGUGUUGUUUAGUGUAGCUGACGGAUUACAGACUUUAGAGCAAAGAUGUUAAAAUGUAAUGCUUUUUAAGCACUUUAAAGAUUCACUGUGGCUGUUUGAUGAAUUUUGUUACUACUCUGAUGAUGUAAUAUUCUUGUAAAUAUUUUUCUAAUAAAACCAUUAACAAAAACUU